AUGCUAUUCUUCGACGAGAUUUCGGUGGUAGAUCACGCCCGCCUUGCCAUGACAGAGACAUUCCAAGACUACUUCAUCGAGGUGGGUCUUGACAUCGAUCGGGAUGUUAAGACAUUCAGAUACACAGAUGAGCUGCAAGACAAGGCGAAAGAAAAGAAGGCAAAUAGGGACAUGAUCAUCAACCUUAUUACUGGCGCGCCAUUGGCAGGUACGGCUGUAACUGGCGUUGGGUCACUGUGGGCCGGUGCAAUCACAAGCGGUGAGUACCAAGCAGAGCAUCGAAGGGGCGUUCAGAGUGCCGCUGGAAAAUUGAAACUCCCGGGGAAAGGUCCUGUGUACGGUCAAGGCAUGGCCCAACAGAUGGGAAAUCUGAAUUCUGCUUGCAGUGGCAUUGUUCCAGGGAGUACCUGCGAGCAAGACACACAGGGAGAAACGAAAGGCCGCAUCUGCUUCGAAGAGAGGUCUGGUAUUGUCUACUACAUUCAAGUGGCAUCGGUUCAUAAAGAUAAGAAGAUUCGCCUUCCACCCGGUAUCGACGUACUAUUGUCAGAAGAAGGGUUCAACGGAUUACACUUGACCGAUUUCGUCCGCGGUCCACUUUUUAGCAUCGAAGUCUGGAGACCUACGUUCAAGGGAGAAGAAGAUCCGGACAUUGAGACGUUAUUCCAUCAAUCCACCGAACAGCCUGCAUUAAUGCUCAAGCGCCAUCUGAAGGGCCGCAAAUUCGACGUGCUUGAUCCGAUGCCGUGGAAUUCCGAGCGAGAAGUUAGGCGCGACUUUUCGAACAUGGUUACGCCAGGCGACCACAUCAGGCUUCUUGAUCAUUACGGAAAGGUUCUAGGUGCAAUCAACAUUGCUUUGUAUGAAAACAACAAAUUCGGCAAAAUGUGUCGCAAACACAACAAGUGUGAGAAGAACGGAAAGUGGGAGGACCAGCUCAACCUACCAAAAGGUCAUGAAGUCGCAGAAGAAAUGAAAGAUGCAUGGCGCAGCUGUAAGCACCCGAGAGGCCACGGAGACCAUGAUCCUGGCGGAUCAUUGACUGAGGAGCUACCAAUGCCAGUCAAGACUCGGGAACCAGUAUCUAUUCCUGUAUUGUUUCCCGGUGCUCAGACAACACCAAGUGUCACGACAGACUAUUACCGCAAUGCUAAUGGUUCGAUAAAAACCUCAGUACGAACAAUUGCCUCCUCGAUUGUCACUGCAUGGAUGCCUAAUCCUAAGCUGCAACCGCAUCUCGAGACACAGGAAUGGCACAAUGAAGAAACGACCUUUCUUGUGGCCACAAUGGUGACUCCGACACCUCAGCCUAGCAUGUAA